AUGCCCACAACUCUUACCGACCCCGUCCUGGCUCUGUCCAUGGACAACGUGCUCAAAAUGAACGACCUGAACCUCGAUCAGCUUGCCAACCUCUGGAAUGUCUUCACCAAAUGCGCAGAGUCGCUCGAAUCAGGUCGUCGUCUCGAGAACCUUUCAUGGCGUCUGUGGUUCCGCGAGGCUCACAUCCUUCCAGCAGACACUUCGCUCUCGGAUCUCACAGACUUCACUCCACUCGACACACCCCUCAUCAGUCGAGCCAACAGCAUCACCGGCAGCUAUCGUCCCGUUCGUCUAUCCUCCACUACCGUCGCUCCCUCGGUGGAUGCGCUCUCCGAUCCCGAGGAUGGCAACGACUCCGAAUACUCGACCGACAGCGACCAAGGCGUUGGCUCUUCCAGCGCAGCACCCGCUCCAUCCACCCCUGCCUCCACUCCUGUCAAGAGGAGAGUCAGACUCGAUCGCACCAGCAGGCCUUCCACUCCGUCUUCCUCCAGCACAGCCACCGUUGGGCCUUCCGCAUCUUCGUCUGUCUCUGCGCGCACAAGUCAGUCGCAGAGGAUCGCAGACGCCAUCGCAGAACGAACGAGCCGAGCCAUGACCGCAUCAUCACGUCGAGCCAACCUCACCGAUGUGGAUGCCGACGCACUCAGGCGCAGGCGUGGGAUCUCGUCCUCUUCUGCUUUCGGCAGCAAAGCUCGCGUCAAGCAGCGCAACCAGGACGGAUCGUCGCGUCGACGUCCCCUCAGCUUCCAGGCAGCCCUCGAGAGCCUUGUUCUCACCGGUCGCGCCGACAACUUUGCUUCGCUUCGUGGCAAGCAGGGCAGCAUGCCCCAGCUCGAUGCACACAUGAACGCCAGCACCGGUGCUCUCGACGCUCCUCGCCAUCGCCACAACGGCAUUGGCGACGAUGCCGAACGUAACAGCGCACCUGCAGAGCUGAGCCCCAUUCAGAGCUUCAGCGCGUCUCAGGCAGCCUUUGCUUCUCACUUGCGCAGCGCCCUCCAGCCAGGUGCUUCGUCGCCGUCUCGACCUAUCGAGCAGCACUGCGAUGCACCUGAAACGCGUGGCCCUGCCUCUCCCACCAAGAUUCCCGUAGCUCUGGCGCCUACCAUCGGCGCCAUCUCAAGACGAGGCUCGCAGACCAUGCUCUCAGGCGCAGCAACGGAAGAUCGAAAGGAGGCUUCAGCUGCAACAGCUAGCCAUGGAAACCGCAACAACGACGACGAGCAGUCCUCGUCUAAGCUGACCAUGCUUCCCCCUCAGGGGCUUCCCGAGCCGACUCCUGCCGCAUCCGCCAUCAAGCAGAAAGCCCAGAUCCAGCAGCAAACCGCAUCAAACAAAGCAGAAGAGGUGACCGCCGAAUACCAACAGCACCAGGAGGCUCGCCCAACCAUCGGUAUGGUUCGCUCCGAUUCUGCUUCUAGUGCUUCCACGCAGGCAUCACACCGUUCGUCAGCUGCCGGUGCUGGAUCUCGCCGCACCAGCGAAGCUCGUAUCAAGUCAAGAAACUCGACUGCUGGUCUUCAUGCUGGACACCGCACCAAGUCUUCAUCGGGCCUGCAUCGCGGCGCCAAACACAGCAAGAGCUCCGACAAGAUCGUCGCCGGCGCAACUGCUCGACCCGCCUCGCGUCACAAUCUGCUCUCGGGUCUUGCCAUGACGCGAGCAGCCCCUGAAGCCGCAGCAGCCCACAAUGUCGCACGCAAGCCUGUUCCAGCGCAGCCCGAAGCCUCCAAAGCACCUACAGCAGCUGUGGCAAAGAAGGCGCCCGUCAAGUUCACCAUGGGCGGUGAUGAGACCGACUCGGAGGAGUACGAAGACGAGAGCAGCGAUGACGGCGACCAGACAGCUAAGGCACCCGCUGCUCCUGCUUCGUCUGCUGCGAACAGAGCUUCGGUUAAGGCUGCCGCUACCGACAAGGCCACCGAAGUCGUAGAGGAGGACGAGGACGUCGACGACGACGAGUGGGCUAGCGACAGCGAAGCGGAAGAGCAAGAGCGCCGAGCACGUCAGGCCGCCGAGGCCGAGCGUCGCAAGCGCGACGAGGAGGAGCGACACAAGAGCAUGUUCCAAAAGCAGGCCAUUCGCUCCAAGUCGGCCGCCGACCUUCGUCUGCUCGCCCCCACCGAGCCUGUCUCUGUCGGGCCGAGCCCGCCUGAACAACCGGUGCGUGGUCUGCUCAGCUCGCUCUUCCACCCCGAUGAGCAACACUCACCUCCUGGUCAGCUCGCCGGUCGUCCUCAUGCUUCCGCCGCCGACUUGCGAUCCAGGCCUUCCAGCAUCUCCCAGGCGGCAAGAUCGCCUCCAACGGUGCGCCGACAGCGUGCUCACCGCGACAGCAACGACAGCACCAGCCACGCGCCCCGCUCGUUCCGCGAAGGCGGUAUUGCAGGCUUGACCGGCCUCAAGACGAGCAAGAGCGCCGUCGCCCUUCCUCUGCUCGACACGCACAUCACGCGCUCCUCCACCGCUGGCAAGGCCAAGCAGCAGGAGGAGCAAGCUGUCGCUCAGGGGAGCCACCACUCGGACGGCAGCGCCAGCAGCCCCGAUUCGCCCGUGGCAGCCUCUUCGUUCCGUCGACCCGGCAGCAUGGCCUUGGCUCGUCUGCAGGCCAUCACCCACAUGAAGGUGCACGCCAAGCGCAAUUCGACCUCGGCUGCUACUUCGGAGCAUCAAGGCCAAGAGCCGUCGCACUCGCGCCGUCACAUGUCCGAGGCCAACGUGCAGCUAGACCGCGAGGCCUCGUCGCGUUCGCUGCGUCUCGAAGUGAGCCCGGACGAUCGGGACUUUGCCAUCCCUUCGCGCGCCUCGUUGGUCAACCUGGCUCACAGCCAGCCGCGACAGUCGGCUCCCUCGCUUGCCUCUCGCCACUCGGACCAGCAGCCAUCGACCGUGCAACGAGAUGCGCUUGGUUCCGGCUCUCGAUCCAACAGCGAAGGCCUGCCAUCGGCCCAUGGCUCGAUGCAGAACAUUGGUCACAGUGUGAAUGGCCCCGUUUCCAUCUCACGCCCUCGUUCCUCGCUCAACCUGCCGGAAGCCGCGGCUCCGCAGACGCCGAGGACUACGCGACGCAACAUGCUUCGCGACGAGCUCUCCGAGUCGCUCCGCCAGAACCUGCUUUGGGAGCGCCAGAGUCGUUCCAGGAUGAUGGGUCUUGGCGCACCCAUGGUUCCCAUCAACCAGCCGCAACCAGCGUCGUCGGGUCACCGUCGAGACAAUGUGCUCAAUGGUAACGCGCUGCGACCGCUCACCAGCACGGGCACACCUCGAGCUGAGCAGAGCGAGCGCGAACAAGCUCCCAAGCCUAAGCGUUAUUCCGAAGAGUGGGGAAGCUUUCACCACAAGGGCUGGUGA